UCACGAUAAUGUUUUCCAACAUGGUUGUAUAUCUGCUAUCGCCCAUGAUAGUUGUUAUAUCGACCUUUCGUUUUUACGACGCCUAAUAUGUUACCAUGGCGUGGCCUCAUGUGCACCGACCUUUUGUAGCAGACGACAUAAAUGAAAACAUUCUGAGCCAAGAAGAUUACUCUUAAAAGUAUAAGAGAUGUGUUGGCAGACUAAUGCAGAAACAUUACUAUGACAAGUGAGGAUCUUCUACAGCCAGGCCAUGUGGUCAAAGAACGUUGGAAAGUGGUUCGAAAAAUUGGUGGUGGGGGAUUUGGAGAAAUUUAUGAAGGAUUGGAUCUUGUUACCAAGGAGCAGGUGGCUCUUAAAGUGGAGUCAGCUCGCCAACCAAAACAAGUUCUUAAAAUGGAAGUGGCUGUGCUAAAAAAGCUUCAGGGUAAAGAACAUGUAUGCCGUUUUAUUGGCUGUGGUCGCAACGAUCGUUUUAAUUAUGUUGUGAUGCAGUUGCAAGGCAAAAAUUUAGCUGAAUUACGUAGAUCUCAACCAAGGGGUGCAUUUUCUCUUUCGACUACUCUAAGGCUAGGAUUGCAAAUACUCAAAGCCAUAGACAGUAUUCAUCAAGUUGGUUUUCUCCACAGAGAUAUUAAACCUUCUAAUUUCUCAAUUGGUCGUCUGCCACAUACUUGCCGUCGUGUUUAUAUGCUUGACUUCGGGCUGGCCCGUCAGUAUACAACUGCAACUGGUGAAGUUCGUGCGCCACGAGCAGCUGCAGGAUUCAGAGGGACUGUUCGUUAUGCUUCCAUCAAUGCUCAUAAAAAUAAGGAGAUGGGACGACAUGAUGAUCUUUGGUCUCUAUUCUACAUGUUAGUAGAGUUUGUCAAUGGACAGUUACCAUGGAGAAAAAUUAAAGACAAAGAGCAGGUGGGACUGAUGAAGGAGAAGUAUGACCAUAGGUUGCUGCUAAAACAUUUACCAUCUGAUUUAAGACAGUUUCUCGACCACAUCCAGUCUUUAGAGUAUGCUGACAAGCCAGAUUAUGCGAUGCUAAUUGGCCUUUUUGAACGGUGUAUGAAGCGGCGUGGUGUAAAAGAAUCUGAUCCUUAUGAUUGGGAGAAGGUGCCAACCAUAACGGAUAACACAGUUCCACCCAUGAUCAGCUCCACUCCUGCUGUUAUAAGUCGCCAAGCAGCUACGGGUGUGCUGGGGGCAACACGCAUAACUGAUAACCUUCUGGAAGACAACUUGAUGACAAGCUUGGACAACAAUCAAGAGAACAUUGAGCCAGACAACCGGCGAGAAUUGGAGGCACAGCUGGAAAAUGUGUGUCGUAGGCGACGGCACAACCUGCACCAAGAACUGACGUCACCCUUGGUCACAGAAACAAACAGAGAGCGUGAUAAACUAGUCAUUGACAAAAACUGCAAUGCCACACUGUCUGCAGUACAGCAGCAAGAUAGCAAUGUACAGCUGUUAGGAUCACCAAAAAAACUUUCAAAUCAGCGGCGUGCAGUUUCAAUGGCAGGUGCAGAUCCGGUGCAAGAGAAAGCAGUGGCUAAUCCUGGUCCAGUUGCUGGGCCUGAUAGCCGUGCUGUUGACUAUGAAGGGGAUGCUGUGAUGGCAUCUGCAAGAAGUAGUUCGGAAACUCAUCAUCAACAUGCAAAGAACCAAAAUGCCAAUGCCUUGCCAGGAGCAAGAAAAACUGGUUCGACAUUUGGCCGCCUUCGUGUUGUGACAGCACCUGCCUCGUGCGCACAUGAUGUGGGUAAAGAAGCAGAAGACGAGGGAAGCCCUGCGCCUCAACGAUCUAGUCCUCAGCCACCACUCUCAGAGUUACCGAGCCCUCGAUUCCGUGAAGCUACCACAGAACCAGAUGGCUCUUAUUAUUCAUAUGAUGCCAUCAAAUGUGGUGUGAUAGGCUCAUCACCUGUAACCGAUCGAGAGCCUUUGAAAGAACGUGGUAAAGAUCAUCGCAUUCGUCGGCUUCAUUCUUCAGGCGAUUCUUCAAGACGUCCAAUAAGUUCCAAAAUGAACAAUCGUGAUGCUUCUGUCACACAGUUUGCAGUAAUUGAUGAUGAUAAUGUUUCUGCAUUGCAGCAAAUGACAAAAGGAGGUGGUGGUUUAACUCUGGCAUCUCAGUGGAAGUCACAGUUUGACGAUUCAGAAGAAACAGAUAAUGAAUGGAAAGGAGAAAACUUGCAGAGUCCAGAACAUCGACAUAAUGUCUCAUCACAGAUUGUUGCACCAGUAGAAGUACCACAACCGGUGGCAGUGGCAGUGGCAGUGCCAGUGGCAGUGCCAGUGCCAGUGCCAGUGGCUGCAGUGGAGGUUCUCGCAGCAGGCACUCCACAGCUGUCAAUACCUACAGUGUCUGUGGCAUUGCCGUCUGAAGUACCUUUGGUAGCAAGGGGUCCUCCUGAACUGUCUCGAAUCAGUGAAGAUUCUCGGCAAGAAAAACAAUCCCACCAGCAGUCACCUCAGGCACAUGAUGAAACAUUGCCAGGUGAUAACACAAGCAAUGGCCAAAAUAAAGCGUUUCCCAGCAAGACGCGGAUUCUGUGUCUGAACAUUGCUGGCAUUGAGAACUUCCCGGAAGUUCAGGAAAAACUACCCCAUGCCUGGAGUUGCCCUCAGUUAGCACCACAUAUCAGACCAACACUUAUUGCUCCAUUAGUUCAACAGGCUGCAUUUGAUGACCUUGUGUAUGAAGUUGAUGUAAUGAGGAAUAUAGCAACAUGUCACCUGCAAGAUGAUAAUCUUGUAAACCAGAGUAAGAAAUUACAUAGGAAACUCAGUUUACCGGUAAUGGCGUUCAGCUUUGACUGGCCAGAGACGAGUCCUGCAAGGCAAAGACUGGAAGCACCACAGUUGGUGGUGACCACAUUCCCAGUCACAGAAUGUCUCCAACAAAAGGUCGAAGAAACAGAACCUGCAGAAAUUGAUGAUGAAGCUGCCAGGAUGAGUGAUGAACAGAAAGAGCAGCAGCCUGAAAUAUUGUUAAGGGAGAUAAGAGAGCAUGAUAAUGAUGUUGAUGCAGGUGAAGAGAAUGGAGAGAAUGAAGAGGAUAAUGAAGAUGAAGAAGAAGUUGAAGAUGCGAUGUUAAUGGAACCUGUGGCUGGGCGACUGGAGAUUCGAGUACUUGACAGAAAUGUAGGAUCAGCUGUUGUGGAAACAGUGAACAACAAUAUUAAACCACAUAACAAGCAUCCUGAUGUUGCUGUCAACAUGGAGGAAUGUAAUGGACUGACAAAGUUGGAUAUUGUAAAAGCUUGCCAAGCAACUGCAAAUGGUGGAAAUAGUCCAGUCAGUCCAGGUGUGGGGCAAGAGGAGUCAUCCAUAUACUUUGAUGCUACUGAAGAAAAUCACUUAGAUUUGCAUUGUAACAACCACCAGGCAGAUGAACCUCAUCAAGAAAAGGAUCGUCGCCACUCUGUAUGUUUAUCACCAGUGUUUGAAGAAAACUGUAAAAAACCCAGUCCUGUCGUAACUGUUCCAGCCACAUCUAAUGUUAAGAGUAAAAUCCCCAUCCCUGUUAAAAGUCCUCGCUGUAUCUUUAUGGACUAUGAUGUUGCUACUAGGUUUAGUGAAGAUGAUGGCAUGCAACUGGAGCACAGCCACCCAUUAAGACGUUGUGUGACUCUGCCUGAUGCCAGAGCAUCGCAUUCAAACAAUAGUUCCGCAGAGGAAGAGCAGCAGCAACUUACAGCAUGCACUCCUGCCUUGAGAAGGAGACGUGAACGAGACACCAAGUAUGUGACUGAUCAGUCUCAACUCAACUUGCGUUUUUCUCGACCAGCGCGCAAAGCUCAGCCUGCAAGACACAGGGUUUCAGUAGCUGCAGUUAUGGGGCGAGAACUACGUGGGAUUCCAAGUCACUUACUUGCAAGUCCUGGGCCGACACGAACUGAAGAAAGUAGUGAAGCAGAUAGUGAUUCUUCAGGUGGGCUUCCACUCCCUCAUCCACCACCAUUACGUGACCUGAAGCUAGUGGAAAAUAAUGCCAGGUGUCGGCGUUUUCACCCCCUUGCAACAGAUUCUUCGGGUGGAAGCAACACGUGAAGUUAAGUCAAUCAAGUGCACCUUGCUUCCAUUUCUUGACGUUACAUUAUGGUGGUGUUGGCCAUGGGUGAUAUUAUGCUUGGAAAUGCAAAAUCUUUCUUAGGCUUGUUUUUUGAGUUAAGAUAAAUUAAAUAAGAUUAUGGAGCAGUUAAUGCAAGUAAAUUGCUAAAAUUGUAAUUUUGUAGGAUACUCACAUUGAGCUUUGUUAUUUAUAAAUGAAAGAAACUACUGUAGUUCCUUACUAGCAUAUGGUCAUAAGUUUUUCUCUACUGCCUACUGCUAUUUGCAUUGCUAAGUGUGAUUUCUUAAUGGCCACACAUUUUCAAUAUUAUAAUGUUGUAGAUACAUGAAGGCAAUAAAAUGUGGACAUAUGCCUUUAGUCAGUGAUGCCAGCACGAUCUCCUAGAUUCCAGUGAAGUGCUGUUGUGGCAAGACUCAUUUACUCCUAUAUUUUAGCAAAUAUAUUUGAAGGGGAGUUUGCAUUAAUGCCAUGGCUACUUAAUAUUUAUACUCUAAAGUGUAUUGUUUAAUAUGUUAUGAAUUAAUUAUUCAAAUAUUUUGGUGUAUUAUAAAAAGUUAUAUCAAUUUUAUAGGAAUAAUUUAUAUUAUACAAAGUUUAUUUAAUUUAUUUAACUGCAUAUUCAUGAAACAAAUUCUUACUUAAUCAUGUUUUCAGAAUCAAUUUUUAUGUGUUUAUAAAUAGAACAUUAUUACAGAGGAGUAUUAUACAUUCAAAGGUGCUAUUAUAGAGACUUUAUAUAAGAUGAAGUCAUGUUUUGAUUAUCAUUAAAUGGUUCUGAUGUGAACUAUUAAUAUACCUUUGCCGUUAUUAUCAAAUGUGGUUUAGUUAUAUUUUCCCCCAUUUUCUUGGUUCCGAUAACUGCGUUCAUUAAUAGGUGUGUUUUGUGGUCAUAUUUGCCUUCGUUAAUGGCUGUGUUUAUGUUUAAUGUUCAGAGGAAAUUUUUUCAUCUUACUUAAAAUUUUGUUAAGAAUUUUAAGAAGUAUGAUGUUUCCUUUGAAUAGCAGCAAUAAUUGUAAUUUAUACGGAUAAUAUGCUUGUAUGAUUUUCUUUACAUAUGUCUAUUAGUAAGUCCACAUGUGAGAACUUCAACUCAAAAAUUUUUUUGCAGCUAAUUAAUGCUUGAUAUUUUACAGUCCAUGGUAAAAAUUCAACCUCCAGCACUUUUAAAACAAUUCACCAUAAUAUUGUAUUGUUUUUGGUAAUUCAUAUAGGUAAACAUAAAAAAUAUUUUAUGUAUAUAGUGUAUAAGGUUAAAAAUUUAUUGCAUAGUGAAAAAUUAUAUUAUUUCUUUAGUGUUCUGAGCAAAAGACGAAUGGGAAGUAAAAAAUUUGCAACAUUUUUAUAAAAU